UGAUUGGUUAAGGACGUACGAGCCGAGCGUGAACCUCUCCGACUGUUCUCCGCUUUUUCCCGGAACUUAUAUUUCUCUCCGAUAGUAACGAAGGAAUCUUCUCUCUCUCUACCCUUCUGCUUCCUACUUCUUAAAGUGAGCCUCUUCAAUAUAGCAAUGGUGGAAUCACGGCUAGCAGUAUUUCUUUUGGUCGUGGGGUUUCUAUCAUUUACAUCUGAGUCCCUUCGGUUCGACCUGAAAUCUGGCCUCACCAAAUGCAUUUCAGAAGAUAUAAACAGCAAUUCGAUGACGGUGGGCAAGUACAGCAUCGUCAACCCCAACGAGGGUCAUCCUCUUCCCGAUUCCCACAAGCUCACAGUCCGGGUAACUUCGCAAUAUGGGAAUACCCUUCACUCUGCGGACCACCAGGAUUCAGGGCAGUUCUCAUUUGCGGCUGCGGAGGCCGGAAGUUACAUGACUUGCUUCUUUGCCCCUGAUCACAAGCCCGAGACCACGUUGACUGUUGAUUUUGAUUGGAGGACUGGGGUUUCUACUAAAGAUUGGUCCAAUGUUGCUAAGAAAGGCUCUGUUGAGCUAAUGGAAUUGGAGCUGAAGAAAAUGUUAGAUACUGUUACUACCAUUCAUGAGGAAAUGUUCUAUCUUCGUUUAAAAGAGGAAGAAAUGCAGGAGCUCAACAAAUCAACUAGCACCAAGAUGACCGUGUUUACUCUUCUCUCAAUUGUUAUUUGCUUAUCGGUGGCAGGAAUGCAGUUAUGGCACUUGAAGACCUUUUUUGAGAAAAAGAAGCUCAUUUAAAUUUGAGUGGGUUUCAAGUUUCAUGUCAUUUAUCUUGUGCUCUUGUAAAUUAUUUCAGAAGUAAAUGUUGUUUGAAUACUAUAUUCCAUUGUUAGGUUACAUGUGUGUUUCAAAGGGCAACAGUUAUAGCCAUAAGAAUUUCAUUGAGGUCUAUAAAGCUUUCUCGAUCAACUCUGUACUUUACCAGGAAUUUAUGGAGACUAACAAAUUUUGAGUUCAA